AUGCCUCUCAAUCAAGGAAAAGUGAAGUGUGUCCUUAGCGGCGACACUCUUGUCUUAUCCUCCGUCGAGAACCCCGAACGCGAGCGUACUCUUUCUCUGGCAUAUUGUACCGCACCACAUCUUAGGAAGGAAGGAGAUGAACAGUGGGCUUUCGAAUCUCGCGACGCGUUGCGUAAGAUGGUAGUGGGCAAGCACGUACAGUUUCAAGUCCUAUACACAAUUCCCAAUACGAAGCGCGAAUAUGGAAUCGUCUUCCUCAAUGAUGGGCAAAAGCUUCCCGAACAGAUGGUUCAGGAGGGCUGGCUUAAGUUACGAGAUGAUGCUGGUCGGAAAGAGGAUACUGAGGAAGCUAUUCAACAACUCUCCCAGCUACGCGUGCUUGAGGCUACCGCUCGAAGCGAAGAUAAGGGUAUUUGGGCUCCCAAUGGUGCGCGGAUCGAUGUUCAGCAUGAUAUGGGCGAUCCACAGGCGUUCAUGGAUAACUGGAAAGGCAAGACUAUCGAUGGUAUGGUUGAGCGUGUGUUGAGCGGAGAUCGAAUGCUCAUACGCCUGAUAAUCAACCCUACGAAGCAUGUUCAAGUUAUGACUUUGGUUGCUGGAAUCCGCGCACCUACCACCGAACGUGUCAAUCCCUCAAAUCAACAAGUCCAACCAGCGGAAGAAUAUGGAAACGAGGCCAGAUUAUUUGUCGAAGAAAGAUUAUUACAGAGAAACGUAAAGGUCGACAUUCUUGGUCUUAGCCCUCAAAAUCAACUUAUCGCGUCUGUCAAACACCCACGGGGAUCGAUCGCAGUGUUCCUUCUUGAAGCGGGCCUUGCACGAUGCUUGGAUUUCCACUCGACUUUAUUAGGUCCUGAUAUGGCCCCCUUGCGAAAGGCUGAGAAGGUCGGCCAGGCAGCAAAGCGGGGUUUAUUCAAGGACCACGUUGCUAAGGUAAAUCCUCAAGGAGGAAAUCUAGAAGCUCAAGUCACCAGGGUCUUCAGUGCAGAUGUAAUUUUUGUCCGAAACAGAGCCGGUGUUGAGAAGCGCAUCAACCUCAGCAGUAUUCGUGGGCCACGUCCUUCAGAAGCAGCCGAGGCUCCGUUCCGGGAUGAAGCCAAAGAGUUCUUGCGAAAGAAGGUUAUUGGGAAGCAUGUGCGUCUUAGCAUUGAUGGCUCACGCCCUGCUACCGAUGAAUACGAUGCGAAGGAGGUUGCAACAGUCACUUUGAAUGAUAAGAAUAUCGGAUUACUGCUAGUGCAGGAGGGCUGGUGCUCUGUGGUCAGACAUCGACGGGAUGACACGGACAGAGCUCCCAACUAUGAUGAACUACUUGCUGCUCAAGAAAAGGCGAAAGAAGACAAGAAGGGAAUGUGGUCUGGAAAACCCGCCAAGGCUAAGCAGUAUGUCGACGUGUCCGAGACAUUGCAAAAAGCCAAGCUCCAGGUUUCGACUCUCCAGCGACAGAAGAGAAUCCCUGCUAUCGUUGAUUUCGUCAAGGGCGGAUCGAGAUUCGUUGUCUUGAUUCCACGAGAGAACAUUAAGCUCACUUUUGUUCUGGGUGGCAUCCGCGCUCCCCGAUCAGCAAGAAGCCCCAAUGAGAAGAGCGAGCCAUUCGGCCAAGAAGCCCAUGACUUAGCCACUAGACGCUUGACUCAACGGGAUGUCGAGAUUGAUGUCCAUGGUCUUGAUAAAGUUGGUGGAUUCAUUGGUUCACUCUACAUUAAUAAGGAAUCCUUCGCGAAGAUCCUCGUGGAUGAAGGCUUCGCUACGGUCCAUCCCUAUUCCGCCGAGCAAUCCGGAAAUGCGAAUGAGUUGCUAGCUGCAGAACAGAGAGCAAAGAAUGCCCAUAAAGGUAUGUGGGUCAACUGGGAUCCUUCAGUGGAUGCGGUAGAAGAAGAGGUCGAAACCUCCAAUGGAUCAAAUGGCGAUGCGGCCCCUAUCACCCGCGCUAAAGACUACCGAGAUGUCGUGGUCACCAACAUCGAUGAGACCGGCAAGCUAAAAGUCCAAAUCGUUGGUACCGGUACUGCUGCCCUGGAGACGAUGAUGACCCAAUUCAAAUCUUUUCACCUGAACCCCUCAAACAACACUCCGCUUCCCGGCCCUCCCAAGGCUGGUGAGUACGUUGCAGCCAAGUUCACCGAAGACGACAUGUGGUACCGUGCUCGUGUACGAUCAAACGACCGCACAGCUAAGGAAGCAGAAGUUGUUUAUAUCGACUACGGUAAUAGCGAGAAAAUCCCAUGGACUCGACUCCGGCCUCUUUCUCAACCACAGUUCUCGCCUCAAAAGCUACGCCCACAAGCUGUCGAUGCAGUCCUUUCUCUCCUCCAGCUGCCAACCAACAAAGACUACCUGACCGAAGCCAUAAACUACAUCGCCGAACUUACUGCAAACAAAUCUCUCGUCGCAAAUGUUGAUUACACCGCACCCGAGGGCACCCUCUACAUCACACUGUAUGAUCCAAAACACAGUGAGAAAUUGACUGACAGCAUCAACGCUGAGAUUGUCUCCGCUGGCUAUGCAAUCGUACCAACUAGCCUCAAGUCCUGGGAGCGUGGCUUCAGUGAUGUUCUCAAGGUUAUGAGGGAGAGGAUGGAGGAGGCCAAGGAGGAGCACUUGGGUAUGUGGGAGUAUGGUGACCCGACCGAGGAUUAG